AUGUUAUGUUGUCCUGAAAAAAAUAGAUAAAUAAUAAUAAUUCUAGAAAUAUAAAUCACCAUUUUUCAGAUUUCUAUCACGAAGACGAAACACCAACAACGGAAUUAGAUAACAGGUAUUUGAAUUAAUUUUUGAAGUUCAAUUGAAUUUUGUAUUAUUUUCAGGCUUGAUCCUCGAACUUCGGAUAAUCGAAAUGAAGAUACUUUAGACUAUCAUUCGGAAGAUUUCAUGAAGGUUUGAAUGAGUAGCACCUGAAAAAUCAAUAAAAUAUUUUUUUCAGCCACCUCCGUCUUAUAAACCAGAAGAAAUCGAUCCUGAAACUGAACCGCUUUCAAUUUCAGAAAUUUCGGAAACAAAUAUGCCACAACUUUUUAGAACUCCAAAGUUGAAUUCACGAAAAAAAGGAUAA